UGUUGUCAAUGACAAGAGAAGCACAAGUACAUUAGAUAAUCUUUCACAUGGAUGAACAAACUCAUUGACUAUGGUAAUUCCAUGAACUGGUAUAAGACAUUUUUCUUUCUCAUAAUUGUAGGUUCUACAUGCUCACUGUAGUAGCUUUCACCCUCUUCUUGAAAAUCAUGCAAAACCAAAGCUUUGUAACUGAGUUUGUCCUCCUGGGGCUUUCACAGAAUCCAAAUAUACAGAAACUAAUAUUUGUUGUGUUUUUGUUUGGCUACAUCACAACUAUCGGGGGCAACUUGCUAAUGGUGGUGACCAUCAGUUGCAGCCCAGCACUCCUGGGCUCCCCCAUGUACUUCUUCUUGGCUUUUCUGUCCGUCGUGGGUGCAUGCUUCUCCUCCGCCAUUGCCCCAAAGAUGAUCGUGGACUCUCUCUCUGAGAGGAAAACCAUCUCCUUUGAAGGAUGCAUGACCCACCUCUUUGCUGAGCACUUCUUUGCUGGAGCAGAGCUGCCCUUCUGUGGCCCCAAUGUCAUUGAUCACUUCAUGUGUGACUUAUACCCAUUACUGGAGCUAGCCUGCACUGACACUCACAUCUUUGGCCUUUUGGUGGUUGCCAACAGUGGGUUCAUCUGCAUCCUUAUCUUCUCCUUGUUGCUCGUCUCCUAUGGGGUCUUCUUGCUCUCUCUGAGAACCCGUAGUACUGAAGGGCAGCAGAGAGCUCUCUCUACCUGUGGAUCUCACAUUGCUGUUGUGGUUUUGUUCUUUGUCCCAUGCAUAUUUGUGUAUGCACAACCUCCAUCUGCUUUCUCCUUUGACAAAAUAGUAGCCAUAUUUUACACCAUCCUAACUCCCUUGCUCAAUCCUUUGAUUUACACAUUCAGGAAUAAGGAAGUGAAAAAUGCCAUGAGGAAAGUGUGGAACAGAAUAAUAGUGGCUAAUGAAAAAUAA